CUCUCUGUGGGCGGCUCAGCGGCCGUGAGGCUGGCGGCGGGGCCGGGCGCGUGAGGAGGAGGCGGAGGCGGUGGAGAGCGAGGGCGGAGCCGUGGCGGUCGCGGGUCCCGCAGCUGGGUUCCGUCCUCACAUGGGGCCCCCUCGCUUACCGCAGCGGCUGGGCAGACCCUCACCAAGUCGCUGGGAGACGAACAGGUCGCCAUGAGUGCCCGCGCCGCCCGCAGGCCCCGCUUGCGCCGCCGCCGCUGCUGCUCAGCACCCAACAAGAGGUGAGAAGACAGCAAAGUCCCUAAGAUGUGAGAAGUCCUCCCUUAGCGAAAGAAAACCUUGUUUUCAAAAUGGACCGAAGUAAAAGGAAUUCAAUAGCUGGAUUUCCACCUCGCUUGGAGCGUGCUGAGGACUUUGAUGGUGGCACUGGAGGAGAUGGGACUACAUCCCAGAUAGGGAGAGUUUGGACCUCUUCGUACAGAGCCCUGAUAAGUGCCUUUUCCAGACUUACCCGUCUCGAUGACUUCACGUGUGAGAAAAUUGGCUCUGGUUUCUUCUCUGAGGUGUUCAAGGUAAGACACAGAACUUCAGACCAGGUAAUGGCUUUGAAGAUGAACACGCUGAACAGCAACAGAGCGAACAUGCUGAAAGAGGUUCAACUUAUGAAUAGACUCUCACAUCCAAACAUCCUAAGGUUUAUGGGUGUCUGUGUGCAUCAAGGACAGCUGCACGCACUUACUGAGUACAUCAACUAUGGAAACCUGGAACAGCUAUUAGACAGCAACCAGCAUCUGCCUUGGACAGUGAGGGUGAAAUUGGCAUACGACAUCGCUAUGGGAAUCAGUUAUCUUCACUACAAAGGCAUUUUCCAUCGAGACCUUACAUCCAAGAACUGCUUAAUAAAACACGAUGAGAAUGGAUACUCAGCAAUAGUGGGAGACUUUGGUUUAGCAGAGAAAAUUCCAGAUCACAGCGAGAAGUUACCAGUGGUGGGGUCACCUUUCUGGAUGGCGCCAGAAGUUCUCAGAGAUGAACCUUACAAUGAGAAGGCAGAUGUGUUCUCUUAUGGUAUAAUUCUGUGUGAGAUAAUAGCAAGAAUACAGGCAGAUCCAGACUAUCUCCCUCGCACAGAGAAUUUUGGAUUAGAUUACGAUGCCUUCCAGCACAUGGUGGGAGACUGUCCCCCUGACUUCCUCCAGCUGGCCUUCAACUGCUGUAAUAUGGAUCCCAAGUUGCGUCCUUCAUUUGCUGAUAUUGUCAAAACACUGGAGGAGAUUUUAAACCGCCUGAGAAACGAGGACUCUGAGAGAGACAGAAAGUUUCUGAAUCUUGACAACAACGAAAGAAAACCCAAAGGGUCAAUUGAAAAAGGACCAGGAGUAAAGCGUUUGAGUUCCCUGGACGAUAAGAUUCCACCCAAGUCACCCCGUCCACGUCGCAAUAUCUGGUUGUCACGUAGCCAGUCGGAUAUCUUCUCUCGCAAGCCUUCCAGGAAGAUCAAUGUGCAGGACCCCUACUACACACCAAACAAAGGACUGGGCCGGAAAGUGAAUCCCUUCAGUGCCCGGGAGGAUCUCAAGGGUGGAAAGAUAAAAUUCUUUGACAUGCCAAGCAAGUCCGUGAUCUCUCUUGUGUUUGACUUGCAUUCUCCAGAGACAGGUGGUUGCCUGAAAGCCAGCCAGUCCCAAUUCCGGCAGGCAUAUAGCACAGACUGGCAGGAAUUUUCCCUCCUUCCUGGGAGGAGAUGCAGAUCACUUCCAGUCUCUCCUGAAUUGGCACACAAAGAAUACGGCCUGUUUAGUGGACUGUCUUCAACCAUCAGUAGAUGUGAUCCAGCCCAGCUAAGUGCAGAGGUUCGGCAAAAGCUCCUGAGUAGCAGUAAAUAUGGUGUGUCAGAGAUUCCCCCCUUUCAAGCCAAGCCUCACAGGCCAGAAUUUCUUUCUGUACCAGGACAAGAGGAGGAUAUGGACUGUUCGGAUGGGCCGGUGUUCCAGGAGGAAAAUGGAUUUUACUCUGAGAAGACAUGUGAGAAUCCAGCACGUAAUCAACCAUUAGUGCUGGCCCAGUCUGAGCCAUUAUCUUACAAAGGGCUCCUAGUUGAGAAUUCAUUGAACUCUGAGGAAAACUCCUCACAGGUGUUUGCUGGUUGUCUCCCUUCUGAAGAGAUGGAGGUGGAAGACAACCUGCUGAAAAAUACACUGCUGGAGUCUACAAAGCCUCUGUUCAGUGUCCAUCCUUCCACGGAGCUGAGGACAGAUGCACAGCCAUUCAGGGAGCACGAUGGGGACAGCACUGCCCCGUUGUCUCAGACGUCCUCCAACAUCUCAGCAAGUGGCAGCACACAGCCAACUUGUGACAUAUGAAGAGAGGACUCAGAUGGAGCACGUCCUCGAGGGGAGCCGUUGUUCCCAGUCACUUAAACUCUGCUCUUCAGUAGCGCUGUGUUUUGUGCUCCAAAGAGAUCCAGCAGAUGGUGAAAAUGGGCUGUCAAACAGGUAGCUGUGGACAGCAUCUGAAGAGACUAAUGAUUUUAACUAUUUUCAAGCUAUGCUUAUUUCCUCCCUUGAUUUGCUUUAGGAGGGGAAACUUCUCCAGCCAGAAUUUCCAUGUGAGCCCCAUACUUUAUAGAGGUAGUAUCCAGAAGUAGGCACCACACAAACAGUUUGACUUGGAUUCCAGCAUGGAGCAUUUUGAGGCCUUAAGUUCAGGUUGAGUGGAAAGAGCGACGCACAGGUUUUCCCUCUUCCUCUGACUGACCAGCUGCUCUGAACUGCUGCAGAUUUUGCAUUAGCAUUCUGCAAGCAGUGUAUGUGAAUCAGAGCCUCUGUUCCAGAAAUGGGCACAGAUCUUUCAGAGCUGCGUUAAGCAGAUAGCAAUGCUUUCUUGUCCCAGAGCUGCUGUGAAUGCUGUUACAGCAUUAAACAAGCUCUUCUUUCAAAAGCAGCAAAAACAAAACCCCUGAUGUUGGUUGCAGUCUGUGGGCGGAGUCACAUGAUAAGUACUUUCCAAUUAACAAGAGGAAUCUGUGCCCUGGUGUUUCAUUUUGCCCUGGGAUUUGUUAGUGAUGUGUAACGCAUUAGUAUGGGGAAGCAAGAUGCAGUGAGCACCACUUUCUUUCUUGCACAGCUCUUAAUAUACCUCGACCCAGAUGUGGGAGGAAGAUUUGCCCAGGGAGCAAAAAUGGAGCCAGAUUCCAGGCACUGUCAUUUCUGGCCUUUUUGAGGAGCUGCCAGUUGUACUAAGCUUUUGGGCUCUCCUCUUUUAAGGUACCAUAAUCUAUUUCUGCAGAAUAGUUAAAUAUAAAUUCUAGAUGAACAGCUAUCACUGUGGUAGGAAGGUUGCGUUCAGACCCCUCUCUAGCAGGACAUCCAUCUCAUUGGUGCCACUGCACUAAUGUAGUAGUAAUGACUUGUGAAAAAGCAGACUGUUGGAUGGGGGACAAGAAUCCCCUGUUCCAGAGAAGCCACCAGCAGUGUUGCAGCAACAUGAGAGCUUUUGGGUAAGGAUAGAUAGAAACUCACAGAUGGGCUUUUGAGUUGUCAAACUGAAGAAGAGUAAUUUAUCCUCUUUUUUUUUUUUUUUUUUUUUUUUUUUAAUUCUACAGAAAGAAGCUGUUAUCUCCUUUGGUUUCUCCUGUCACUCCUGAAUAGGAUUUUUUUUAAUGUUUUUCUUCAUUCUACCAACAGAUAGAUGUAAAAGAAGCAGCAGCAUCUGCUUUAAAGCUGCUUGCUGGAACCAGCAUCAGAGAUCCCCAGUCUGGGAUGUGAUGUAGGGAUGUGAUUCUUGUUCUGUGGU